AUGAUGCCACUCAACGUUGAUGAGCUCCUCUGUGGAGGUGUGGAUGACCAACAGUCCAACUUUGGAGGUGCUCAUCAAGAUCCAACCUCACCCAAUCACAACCAUGACAGCCACUCCUCUGACAAAUUUCACCCUACUGAUCCUAACAACAUCUUUGAUUGUCCACCUAACCACGGAGAUGUCAAUAUGGCUGGCCCAAUGGCUUCAAAUUCUUUUGACGACAACAUCAAGGAAGUAUGUGCCGAGCUUCAAUCUGAGCUGAAACUUGACCAAGAUCAUUUGAAGAUUGCCAAUAUUGCAUGCAAGGUAUAUGUCUCUGAAGCACUCGAUGCAGCCUUUAUCUUUUCUAAUGGGGUGUAUCACCAACUGGCUGUUUCAAAGAACGUUGGUCCUGCGCAGCGCACCACUUAUACAUGUGAUACAACUUUCAAGGACUUUGUCAGAGAAACUGCUCAACUGAUCUUGCUUAAGCCGACCACUGAUGCAUAUUCUAAUAAUCCUCACAGCAAUGGGACAAUUCCGAAUUCUUUGUUCUUCUUAACACUGGAUACCCUCAACAGACAGCCCAACAACUAUCUUUGUGAUAUGCUUCUGAUAAAUACACAGGAGACCAAGAAGAUAAAGGUUAAUGGUCCCAUCCCUAAUUGCAAGGACUUACUAACCAAAAUAUACAAGAAUCUCCCACCAUUUAAAAGGACAAAAGCUAACAAAGGCCAAGAUCACGCAACAAGAACGAUUCACAAUGGUUGGACGUCGAUGACCGAUUGCGCAUUCUAUGCGGUUCAUCAUAUGCAUUCCAAGAACAUCAUUGUCUUGAACAAAGACUUCGAACUAUUCUCUCACAACCGGUAUUACAAGGAAAUUGACAAGGCCAAGUUCACAGUGCCUACCAUUGAAGAGGUCCAGGCCUCUGUUGACACCGGAAUGGUCCCCGCAAUUCUCCACUGA